AUGGAGAGACUCGAACAGACGUACGUGUUUCUACUCUCAAUGUGUAACUUCACGAUCAAUUCUUACAUUGACAGAGAAGAAGAUAUCGUAAGAAGAGGCCCAAUUACACGAACAAAAGAAAUAAAUCCAUCAGUUCCACCAGCACUGACCUCACGUUUCAGAACAUGUGGUGAUAUAUCUUCUCAUAACAACACCUACUUCACCAAUAGAGGAUAUCCAAAUCCGCAGCUAGCAGGUACUCAAUGUGUGUUCAAAAUAGUACCUACUUCCACAAACAUCUGUCAGAUAAGACUGGACUUUCUGAGUUUCACUCUGGCUCAGCCCAAUGGAAACGGUAGCUGCGUCUUCGAUUCCAUGGCUAUAACAGGCUCCGGAUCCAGCAUUCCGGUGAUAUGUGGCGAGAAUUCCGGUCAACACAUGUAUCUUAUGGUCGACGGUACGAAUCCAAUAAGUAUAAUAAUUUCCACGUCAGCUACGGUCGUGUUUGGGAGAAGUUGGAAUAUCAAAGUUGCACAGAUCGCAUGUGAUUGUCCUACAUUAGCACCAGCAGGAUGUCUUCAGUACUACACAGAACCAUCCAGAACUGUAACUAGUUUCAAUUACGGUACAGAUCUGAAUGGUAACUUGGUGAAUUUUGGAAAUGGCACCAUUGUGGCUGGCACUCGUCAGAUUGCCAACAUGAAUUACGGAAUAUGUAUAGGAGCAUUGCCGGGUUACUGUUCGAUCAGUUGGGCUCAGGGUAGGGACGACGUUUCGUUCACGGUAUCCUCAGACACCGCAGCAGUAGCGCAAGACACUGGACUGCCUGCCAGUGGCUUCAUGGGUGACAGUUGCAACACUGACUAUGUCGUCAUACCGAAUCCCUACUACCAAAAUGGUACUGCGGUACUCACUGAUCGAUUUUGUGGAAAUGCAUUCACUAGUAUCGUGACUUCAUCAAGGCCAUUCGUUCUGUCAGUCAUCACCGAUGGAGAUGAAGCAGCAGAUGCUGCCAAUAGAGGAUUUUCUUUAACAUACACACAAGAAUUCUGCUCAAAUUUAGCUUAUGUGUUCCUCAGAUGA